AUGAAGGCGAAUUUUGAGGAUUUGUGUGUUAAAGAUAAGAUUUUGGUGUCUUUGAAGAGGUUGUUGAAUGAGUGGAAUCAAGAGUUGGAUGAUGUGACUGAGGCAGAGAAGAGGACGGCCAAAGGAAAAUCCAUGGUUGCGACGUUUAAGCAGUGUGCGAGGUACUUGAAUCCGCUUUUCAAGUUCCGCAGGAAGAAGAAACGCCUCCAAAAGCUCCGAGAAGAAGAAAAGCACGAGUCCGAGGCCAAAGCUCUCCGUCAAAAGCAACGAGGCCAACAAAACGAACCUAACACCAAUUCUUCGUCGAACCCUAACUCCAAACCGAGAUCCUCAAAUCCAAAGCCGGAUCUGCUACUUUCUCGUCCAAAUCCCUAA